AUGGGAGAAGCGUUUGUUAGGGAGGUGCUGAGUCUGUGCUUGCAGACCAUAGCGCUGGACCAGAACUUUGAGCUGGAGUUCAUAGAGGUGGUCCGGAACUUCGAGGUCGUCAGGAAGAAAUGGCUAUACGUGGAACUGGAGCUGAAGCGGUACAAGGAGCUUCUGGUCCAGUCGGAUGUGGCUCGCGCCGCGCUGGAGGUGAAGCUGAAACAUGCUCGCAAUCAGGUCGAUGUGGAGAUCAAGAAGCGCUGCCGAGUAGAAGCUGACUAUCAGUACCUGGAACGUCAGAUCCUGCGGAUAAGUGACAUCCUUGUGCACGACGGCCAAUCGAGUGCUUGUCUUAACGAGGAACAGAGAUCCGUGCUGGCCAACUUCAGACACAGAGGAGCCAUGGUCUCACAGCAUAAAAGCAGGCGGCUGUCCGUCAUCGACGAGUCUUCCUUCCUGUCACACUCUGACAUCAGCUACGACAGAACCGAGGAUGACCUGGACUUGGAGAGCACGGCCACCCUGAAGCCUCUGAAGUCGAGGGCUCGUGAGAAAAGACGUUCCUCCAUGGGUCCCAACGUCGGCUCUGCGGUCCAGAAGCGAGGGCGACUCAGUGGACGUUCUGGAGACCUCCUCCCUGUGCGGCACACAGAGAAGGAGAUGGAAGGCACAGUUGUUACAGCAUCUGUCACUACACCAGACAGCGGAAGCCAGAUCCACAUGGUGAUAGACAUUACCCAGGAGACAGUGGAACAGGCCCGAGGCGAUCAGGGCACUCCCUUGCACUCUCAGGGAGAUCUCUCACUGCAGAAGCCCCAGUGCUUGGACUCUGCCUGCCAUGCAGAGCUGACCUCCGUGUGGGCGUCCAGCGAGGUCACCGAGGCAGAGAUUGUCCCGGAGAUGGAAGAGACCGUCGUCGAGACCGCCCGACCUCCGGAUAACACCCCAAUGGUGGAAAAAUCCCUACAGCACGUGUUUCUGCCCAAAACUGUGAUCCGUCCUGAGACAUGUGUGCCCUGCGGGAAAAGAAUUCGUUUUGGGAAGGUAGUGGUGAAGUGUCGGGACUGCCGUGUGAUCGCCCACCCAGAGUGUAAACACCUGUGUCUGGAGAGGUGUUCCCCCAUCGCACACGGCACGCCACAUCCAAAUGAGGACACCCUGGAAAGCUUUGCCCCCUUCACCCAACCCAGGGUCCCCACCCUGAUCAUACAGUGUGUUCAUGAAAUCGAGAGGAGGGGUCUCCAGGAGAGGGGUGUGUACCGCGUGCCGGGCGGAGAGCGGCAGGUGAAGGAGCUGAGAGAGCGCUACGUCAGCGGGAGAGGACCCCUCAUGCUCCACAAGGUGGAUGAGGUCCAUGUGGUUUGUGGCCUUCUCAAGGACUUCCUAAGGAAACUCAAAGAGCCCCUCGUCACCUUCAAACUCCACAGAUCCUUCAUGGAAGCUGCUGAGUCAACGGAUGAUGACAGAGGCGUGGCAGAGCUGAAGCGUGCUGUCACCGAGCUCCCGCGCGCCAACCGCGACACGCUCGCUUUUCUGGUGCUGCACCUGCAAAGGGUUAUGAACAGCCCGCCCUGUCAGAUGGAUCAGAACAACUUGGCCCGCGUGUUUGGACCCACCAUCGUCGGACACGCCAUGCCAGAACCGUCUCCUCUGACCAUCAUGAAGGACACCAACACGCAGCCCAAAGUGGUUUUGCGCCUGCUCUCUCUCCCUCCAGAUUACUGGAAAAGCCUCCUGCAGAUGGAGCGAGACCAGGUCAUUUCAUCAGUGGUCAACGACAAAAUCGGUAGUGCAGCUCCUGGCUCCGAGCGAGACAGGAUAUUUAAGCCUGUGACAUCUCCUGAGCUGAGCAAGUACCCCAGCAAAUACCCCAACACCCCAGGAAGUGCGUCUCUUAAGGGCAAGAUUAAGAACUUGGGCAGUGCCUUCAACAACCCAAUCAAACCCAGAAACGAACCAGGGAAAAAGUUCUUCACUUCCCCAAAGUGA